AUUCCUCAUUUUACGCUGGAGUAGUACGAUCCAGCUCAAAAGUUGAAUUUUAUGUCACAUUACACUGUUCCAGAGCAAGAUAGGACUGCCAUAUCUUAGUGAAAAGAGAAGAAUAGAACGGCAGCAGAGAACAGAUCUAAGAGCAAGUCCAAAGAUGAAGAUGAACCAUAAAUCAACCGAAAUUCAUGGAAUAAAAAAAUAAUGCACGAACGAGCUUCCUUUGCGAGAUUGGAGACCGGAUCGUGGCGGGUCUUGGCCGGAGCGUGGCUUUUGAGGCGGAUCGGGUUGUUUGGUGGUGGAUCGGGGCGUUUGGCGGCAUUGGGACCGGAGAUGGGAGCGUUUGGGGCCAGAGAGGUAGUGACAGAGAAGAAGAAGAGAGGAAGAGGACGAGAGGAGGAAGAAGAAGAAGAGAUUCAGAAGAAGAACAGAGAAAAAAGACGAACUCAGAGGAGAAGAGAAGAAAGGGUGGCUGCAAGGGUUUUUGGACCCUCUCUUUUUUUGUUCUCCAGCUGUUGUUUUCGGCCCAGAUCCUCUAUUCACCCAUCAUCUAGGUGGUGGCUCUGUGGAGGAGAUGGAUCAAGGGACGACGAUGCAGCGGUGACUGAACCUCACGGUGCUCUGGUGCGAAGGCGAGAGGUGUGCUCUGUUGGGUUCUUUGUUUUAUGAAGGUGGUUUGUUGUUUUUUUCCUAGUGAGGCCGAGUCACCGAGAGGUGUAGAUGGAGGUGCUUUCAGUUUCAGGAGCUGCAAUGUGGGUGGUGAGAGUGAUAGUCACUAUGAUUCCAAUAUGGGCCUUGCUGGUGCUGUGGCUGAGGCCAAAGAAGAUGGAAAACCUUCUGAGAGAUGUCAAGGUCUUCAAAGCCAACCUUGCAAGCUUAACCUUUUCAGUAACGACUCCAAGCAAAACUACAUGCUCAAGGUGCGCCUUCCGAUCAAACUGUCCACAAAUAUGAUCAGCUUUGAAGAUAGGAGUGGUGGAGAAAAGGAGACAAAGUUAAAUAAAUGCAGAUCGGCAUUGCUCGAUUUGCCUUCAAUGUUUGGAACGAGUUGAGCUGAGGAAAGAGACUUUGGAGCAAUUAGUGAGGUUUCACAACCGAGGAGGACGCCCGGGGAACUUGCUGGGUUCGGGAGCUUUAUUUUGGAUUGGACUGGGAUGUUGAGCUUGGAUGGAGAAAUUGGCUAAGGUAAGGGUAACUCAGUUUUAGAGCGUCAUUUGAAUCGUGCAUGAUUUAUUCGCACUGCAUGCGUUUGAGAUGAAGAUGUUUAAAUUGAUUGGCAUUGGAUUAUGAUUAUUAUGCUUGCAAUGUUGUAUGCUUGCUUAUGUUGACUGUUUCUGAGGCUUGUGCCAAAUGUUUUCUGAAGGCUUCGGCCGAGUGAACUUAUUGAGACGUGUGUCUCCGUUUUCUGAGAGGCUUCGGCCAUUUACUGGUUUCUGUCAUUGAACUGAGUUGGUAUGUGAUUGAAUUGAUUUAUGUUGGUUGAUAAUAUGAAUAACAUGUGGUUAUCCUGUUUUGAUUAUUGAAUUUGAGAUUGUUGUUUGAGUGACUACUGAGUUGGAUGAGAUGUUUUGAUUUGCUUGAAGUGGCAGUGGAGUGGAUAUUUUCACAUGACUGUCCCGUCUUUCGAGGCGUUAUAAAGUGGCAAUGAGGUGGGUGUGGUCCCACGGGAUUGUCCCAUCUUUUGAGAUGUUCUAAAGUGGCGAUGAGGUGGGUGUGGUCCCACGCGAUUGUCCCGUCCAUAGUGGCGCUAAGUGGCAAUGAGGUGGGUGUGGUCCCGCGUGAUUGUUCUGUCUUGAGAGACGAUAUUGAUCGAUCUAUUUUGGUUGCAGCAUAUAGUUGCAUCAUAGGGGAAUAAUAUUUGCUUAUGAUGUUUUGGUUGAUAGUUGAUUUGAUGUUAUAUUGUUGAGGUUGUCGAUAUCUGAUUUGAUGUUAUAUUGUUGAGGAUUGUUGAUAUAUGAUUUGAUGUAUAUUGUUGAAGUUGUUGAUAUCUGAUUUGAUGUUAUAUUUUUAAGGUUGUUGAUAUCUGAUUUGAGGUUAUUGUCAUAUGAUUUGAUUUUAUAUUGUUGAGGUUGUGGAUAUCUGGUUUGAUUUUAUGUUGUUGAUUUUGCUGAUAUCUGAUUUAAAUCUAUGUUGUUGAUAUCUGAAUUAAAUUUAGGUUGUUGGAUAUAUGUCGUUAUCUAUCUUGAAUUAAGUUGCUAGCUUAUGUACCAUGUUACGCACUUAAACUUUGAUAGCAUGCUUUUCCCUUUUAUACGUGGUAAUUGCAUGGAGUUAACCCUUUCUGUUUGCUACUUGUUGUUUGGGCGCUUAACGCUAUUAAGCGAUGAAGAAUAUUCGAUGGAGCUUAACCUUUGUGCGAGUGGAGAUGAGGACUUGAAGAACUGUGGAUGACUCGAAGAAUAGAGUUGGGUGUAGGGCUAGAGCCUUGGGUUAGAGAGCUUACCGUUAUUGGUUUAAGCUCGCAUAAUGAUUUUAGAAAUUUAUAUUUGGGGUUUCGGGUACUCGCCUUGUUCAAGGUUUGAUGUAAAUCUCUUUGUAGUUGGGAGUAUGCAUGAAAUGUUUUGGAAAUACAUUUGAAAAGAAAAAAAUAUACUCGUGUUUAUACA